CGGCUUGGGGUCGCGCUACACUAGACUCCCGUGUCCCUCCGCGCAGGCGGGCGGCCCCGGAGAGCUAGUUCCUGCAAAGGCGGCGACGGCGGCGCCCCGUCCUCAUCAUGAAUAGAGGCUUCUCCCGAAAGAGCCACACGUUCCUGCCCAAGAUCUUCUUCCGCAAAAUGUCAUCCUCAGGGGCCAAGGACAAGCCUGAGCUGCAGUUUCCCUUCCUUCAGGAUGAGGAUACAGUGGCCACUCUGCAAGAGUGCAAGACACUCUUCAUCCUGCGUGGCCUGCCCGGAAGUGGCAAGUCCACACUGGCACGGGUCAUCGUGGACAAGUACCAUGAUGGCACCAAGAUGGUGUCUGCUGAUGCUUACAAGAUCACCCCUGGCACUCGAGGAGCCUUCUCUGAGGAAUACAAGCGGCUCGAUGAAGACCUGGCUGCCUACUGCCGCCGGGAUAUCAGAGUUCUUGUGGUAGAUGACACCAACCAUGAGCGGGAACGGCUGGAGCAGCUCUUUGACAUGGCUGACCAGUUCCAGUACCAAGUGGUGCUGGUGGAGCCCAAGACAGCAUGGCGGCUGGACUGUGCCCAGCUCAAGGAGAAGAACCAGUGGCAGCUGUCAGCCGAUGAGCUGAAGAAGCUGAAGCCUGGGCUGGAGAAGGACUUCCUGCCUCUCUACUUCGGCUGGUUCCUGACCAAGAAGAGUUCCGAGAGCCUCCACAAGGCUGGCCAGGUCUUCCUGGAUGAGCUGGGGAACCACAAGGCCUUCAAGAAGGAGCUUCGACACUGUAGGUGGCGGGGUGGGGUUGGGGCAGGGAAGCUAAACCUCUGCACUGUUAGCUUUAUUCAUGAGCUCACUUUGCUGGGCACAGGGUGCUGCGUGCAUAGGACAGUCGUUGCACUCAAGGGAUUGGGAGCAAAGUGGGGAAGGCAGAUGGAGGCUCUGCUGGAGGAGGCAAGUUGGUGCUCAACAGGGGUGGCCUUGGGCAGUGGAAGCACAGUGGGAAUAGGAGAGGUGCUUUUUGGAGCACCUUCCCUCCCACUGCAUCUUUCCUUCCACCCUUCUCCUCACCGCCCCUCUCCCAGCCUGGAUUAGACCACUGUCCCUGUCUUGGAGGUAGGAAAAACAAAUUACUGUCAUAACAGGAAACUUGUCACCAUAUCAUAUAACCUUAGAGGGAGAAUUUGACCCAGUGUUCUCAAAUUCAUUUUUAGAAGUAGAACCAUGUUCCAAAAUGAAAUAUUACACAGAAUCCUAAGCUGCAAAAAAAUUAAAACUAGGACUGUUGUGACUUCACUGGGAAUGGGUCUCAGGCCUUGGGCUAUCCAGUGCCUGUGACAUCCGUGGCUCCAGAGAAGGAGUCACACAUCUAGUCCCAAACCCCCUGCUUGGUGGGAAAGUCUCACAUCUAGUCCCCCCAAAACCAGGUGGGAAAACAGGCCCUGAAGGCAUGUGGGAUUGCAGGCUGGAGCCCUGGACUCUGUUUACUGUAGAAGGGUUCUCUCCUGGCAAGAGCUCCUUGCUGUACUGAUAGGGGAGGUUUGGGAUAAGGAAGGGUUCUGGUGGUUCUUCUCC